AUGGAGACACUACCCUUUGAGCUUCUACACGACAUUGUCUCUCGUCUUGAUGAUUGUACAUCCCUAUACAACCUUCUACGGGCAUCGCCAGCCAUCUCCCGCGUGUUCGACCACGAUGGCCUUCAACUCACCCGCGCCAUCUUCUCCAAAGACAACAAGUGUGAUCAAAUCCGGGAAUCAAUCUCUCUCGUGGCCAUGCUCGACUCUUCUUCAUUUGCAUACCCGAGCCUAGACGCCUUUAUCACGGGCUUCAUUCAUGUAACGGUCAAAGAUAUAAGGCCACAACGACCAGGCGGCCCACGUCCGACAAGCGCACCCCUUCCGCACGACUUGCCUGACAACACUCCUAUUCCGACAAUCCGCCGAGUGCUCUCUAUAUGCGCACAAAUAGCUUAUUUGACUGUAGUAUGCCUUGAGCACUACCUGGAGAAAUUCAAUGCCCUCCGGCCAGAUAACAUGGUCGAUCCUGAGGCUCGGUAUUCAAGGGACCUCAAAAGGAUUCCGCCAUGGACUCAAAGAUUCAAAAGCUUCAAGGCCCCCGUCAAUAAUUAUGGCCCACCAGUCUGGGAGGAGGAGGAGCGAGUUUCCCGUGCACUUUGGCGGAUUCAAUUAUUCUAUGAUUUGCGCACCGCCGCUGGUCAGUCUCGGCUCAGCUGGCCCGCUGAAGACCUGGCGCGAUUGCAAAGCAUGAAAGAGCAAGAUCUUUUUGUCAAAUGGAGCAUUGAUUAUGAGGCGGAAGAAAUCCAAACCGUUACUGAGUAUCUCGACCAUGCACGAGCAACAAAUCUCGUCGUCUCCCAUGACGCCAGUGGCAGCAGCAGUGGCGGCUGUAGUCGAGGCCCUCCGCGACUCCCAUUUCUCCGGCAGCCAGUCGAACGAAGGUGGCCAACGCCACGACGACCUGAUCCAGAGCCAGUGACCCAGUCAUACAAAAUUGAUUUGGGUACAUUUGGCCUGCGACAAUGGCAAUUGCUGUCAGAGACGUCGUUUUCGCCCUUGCGCACCGUCAAGUUCGACUCCUAUCGACGCUUAGGAGUCGCCCUUUGGUGUCAGAAGAGAAUCCAAGCGAUCGGGUUGAGCCCUCUGAAUCGCAAAGGCCCGAAGCCCUCUAUCAACCUAUCCCUAUGGCAAUUCGCGUGGCGAAGCAUCUUGGAUCCGCGCGAGGUGGGGGAAGUAGAGAAGAAAUUACAAAACGAGUGGGAGGUCCGAGAAUCCGCGACCAUUAGAACCGUUUCCAUUUGA